GCGGAGUCACGAGGUAGGUGCGGCUUGCUAGGUGGAGCUGGUACUGGUUCGUGUGGACGUUGAGGAAAAUCUCUCUCGUACAGCCACCCAAACAUCGGCCGAACAGCGAUUUAGACGAGUGAAAAGUGAAGCGAAGGAGUUCAACACAGCUAAGUAUUUCUCUAGUAGGACACAGGGCAACGAAUUCCAUCGAAUACGUGUUUAUAUAACCCGUUUUCCCGGUGUUCGCGGUAGGGAGCAGCCUGUUCUUGCCACGGUGUCUUGUGGUCGUCAGUGACGCCGGUUGCCUCAAAUUACUGAGCGGUUUAUCGUGGUGUCAUGCGGUCAUUCUCGUGUAAUGUACGAAAAUUGUAAGUCAAGCUCAGAGUUUUGGUGCACGCUCAUUUAGCCGCAUUUACAUCAAUCGGAAAAACAAGUUAUACAACAAACCGGGCGUCCGCUCAUCAGCGACACAGGUCCUAAAGCCCGCCGGAUUAGCUGUCACGUUAUCAGCGAGCGCGCGCUGCCUCCUGCCCAAAUGGUUCAGCGACCAGCGGUCUGCAGGUUCUUCGACACUAUGGAAAACGUUCUGCUGGAGCAAGGUUAAUUAGCAGAGUCGGACCCUAUCUCUGAAGUCAAAGGACUGUAUCCGAAGGACAUUGUCUCACACGGUUUGGAUCAUCUUGUGGCCUUGCGUUCCUGUUUUUUGUUUUUGUUUUUAAACUGUUUUCAUUGCUGGACAUAUCUUCAGAAAAAACACGCGCUGUAACUGCCAUCGAGUCGGACUUGUGAAGAGUGAGCACUAAAAGACUGCAGAACUCAUUCAAAAAGGAAGAAAGGACUCGUCCAGUUGAGUAAUGGUCAUUAAUACGAUCCACUGGUUCAGGAAGGGCUUGCGGCUCCACGACAACCCGUCGCUCAAGGAAUCUCUGCUGGGAGCGGACACCGUCCGCUGCGUGUACAUCCUCGACCCCUGGUUCGCCGGAUCUUCCAACGUUGGGAUCAACAGGUGGAGGUUCUUACUGCAGAGUCUUGAGGACUUGGACUCCAGCCUCCGCAAGCUCAACUCGCGUCUGUUUGUGAUCCGAGGCCAACCCACCGAUGUGUUCCCCAGACUCUUCAAGGAGUGGAUGAUCACCCGUCUGUCCUACGAGUACGACUCCGAGCCCUUUGGAAAGGAGCGAGAUGCCGCCAUCAGGAAGCUGGCCUCCGAGGCUGGAGUGGAGGUGACAGUCCGCAUCUCCCACACGCUCUACGACCUGGACAAGAUCAUAGAGCUGAACGGGGGCCAGUCUCCCCUGACCUACAAACGGUUCCAGACUCUCAUCAGCCGCAUGGACGCGGUGGAGGUGCCCGCUGAGGCCAUCACCGCCGAGGUCAUGGGGAAGUGCACCACGCCGCUGUCCGACGACCACGACGACAAGUUCGGGGUCCCCUCCCUGGAGGAGCUGGGUUUCGACACUGAGGGACUGUCUUCAGCUGUGUGGCCCGGAGGAGAAACCGAGGCCCUCACGCGCCUGGAGAGGCAUUUGGAGAGGAAGGUGAAGAAGAACAGCUCCCCCCCGCUGUCGCUCUACGGCCAGCUGCUGUGGCGCGAGUUCUUCUACACGGCGGCCACCAACAACCCAUGCUUCGACAAGAUGGAGAGCAACCCCAUCUGCGUUCAGAUCCCCUGGGACCGCAACCCCGAGGCCCUGGCCAAGUGGGCGGAGGGCCGGACCGGCUUCCCCUGGAUCGACGCCAUCAUGACUCAGCUGAGGCAGGAGGGAUGGAUCCACCACCUGGCCAGGCACGCCGUGGCCUGCUUCCUGACCAGAGGAGACCUGUGGAUCAGCUGGGAGGAGGGCAUGAAGGUGUUCGAGGAGCUGCUGCUGGACGCAGACUGGAGCGUGAACGCGGGCAGCUGGAUGUGGCUCUCCUGCAGCUCUUUCUUCCAGCAGUUCUUCCAUUGCUACUGCCCCGUUAGCUUCGGCCGGCGGACGGACCCCAACGGAGACUACAUACGGCGCUACCUGCCCAUCCUGCGGGGCUUUCCGGCCAAAUACAUCUACGACCCCUGGAACGCGCCGGAGGCCGUGCAGAAAGCGGCGAGGUGCAUCGUGGGCGUCCAUUACCCGAAGCCCAUGGUGAACCACGCCGAGGCCAGCCGCCUCAACAUCGAGCGGAUGAAGCAGAUCUACCAGCAGCUGUCCUGCUACCGGGGCCUCGGUAAGGGCGCCGGCACGUCCUCACUCCCAUCGCCAACACACAAAGCACAACAGGGACUAAACGCCUUGUCUGCUCUGCCCUCUGCAGGCCUUUUGGCUUCAGUUCCAUCCAACUCCAACGGCAACGGCAACGAGGCCUCCACAGACGGGAUGGGAUUCCCCGUGGAAGCUUCCCACGAGGCCGCAGCUCCAUCUGCCUAUCAGAUGCCGGUUCACUCCCAGGGAGACUGGCAGAGCGGCGUCAUGAUGUACAUGCAGAGCGAUCCACAAACCAACAUGGGCGCACUCCAGCAGGGUUACUCCAAUAGCAGUAUGAUGUGUUACGCCCAAAGCGCCCAGCAGAUCCCCGGUCUGACGGUUCAGAAUGGAUCUGAGCAUCACCCCACCAUGAGGACUCUGGGCAUGGCAGAGGCUCCAAAAUCCAAAGGCAGAACAGGCACUAAAGGGCGGUUCCAGCAGAUCUGCCGUCACAGCCAAAAGAAAACACGUAAGACUCAGAGGAUGCAGCAGCACCACAGCGAUGCAUGAACGCACCUUCAGGAUAAGCCUCCUGACCCCUUCAUUUAACACAUUCACACAUCUGUCGAGUGCACAAACUGUUUUGUCACGACGAGGACUGCGAGGCCCGGCCGGUGCUGACCGGACCGGAGGGGCCGCUCUCACUGCUGGGACUAACGCGUCCGGUGUACAUAAUGACUUUGCUAAUCGCGGCUCACAUACAACUUGUACAUAUUUGGAUAUCGUAUGUGUGCUCUCUUUCUUUGUGUAGCCAUAGACCCAUUGAUAUAUAUUUUUGAUAUGAGAAAUUAUUAUGGAUGGAUCUUCUUUUGGCAGAUAUUCAAUAAAUAAAAUGAAAAACAAAUACAAAAAUCUAAAAAUCAUAACAAAAACAACUAAUGAGAAAAGCUUCUUUCUCAUCCAGAAACCUGCCCUCUCUCUCUCUCUUCCCCCCCCCCGCCGAGUUUGUUCUAUCUGGAGCCAUUUUUUGUGGAUAUCUAUAAAAACACAAGUGUUAAGAUUGUUUCUCUGUCUCGGUACUUGUGGACUUGUCUCAUUCCAUCCAACUACUCCCAUCAUGCUGUUUGCCCGUGUCAGUAGAAGUGAGAAAGAUUCAGAUCCCCCCCUUCACCCCCCCCGCCCACCCGUACCGUCCCCAGUAAAUACAUGUACUGCUUCACAUGCAUAUUGUUCCUUAC